AUGUUUGACAGUUAUUGCUCCCUGAAUGUCAGUCUGAUAUGUGUUCCUACUGUUCAGGAGCCAGAUACGCCCCAAAAGUCGACAGGCCACAAGAAACAAGAUGGUCAAGAGACACCAGAAGAGCCCAAGUACUUUAGGUACAAUCGGAACUGCAUGGAUUUCCUACAAACCCAGAUGACAGAGGCCAAGAAAGCUGCUUUACCCGGCCACUUUACCAAGGCGGUGAAAAUCGAUGACAAACCAGAAGUCGAAGCAAAUGCCGCCUCCUACAACAAAGCAUUUGACCAUGCAUGGAACCUUGGAAGAACAUUGACUCGUCGACAUGCCAAGGCAUUUGACACACAAAAGUUUUACACAGCUACUGAGGCACGGGAGGGUGUGCAGGCGAUCUGCAAAAUCCUGAAGGCGUGCGUGGAAUGGUGGAAUGUGGAGGGUGUGAAGAUCCUGGACAGGGUGCCACAAGAUGCAGUGGAGGAAGAUGAGAAGACCCUGGAUAGGUACCUCGGCUACAUCCUGGGUACAGAAGAGGACUCCAUCUUCAAAGGACUGCCUGCCAAUAUUCAGAAGGAGUGGCAGCAA